AUGGUUCUCGUCUAUAUAAACAUAUCUCAGGACAGGAUUAAUUCAUUUACCCUUAUUACGUUAUAUUCAUUUACGCGCAAAUCCUCUUAUUACGUUAUAUUCAUUUACGCGCAAAUCCUCUUGUUACGUUAUAUUCAUUUACGCGCAAAUCCUCUUAUUACGUUAUAUUCAUUUACGCGCAAAUCCUCUUAUUACGUUAUAUUCAUUUACGCGCAAAUCCUCUUAUUACGUUAUAUUCAUUUACGCGCAAAUCCUCUUAUUACGUUAUAUUCAUUACGCGCAAAUUCUUGUUAUUAUAUUCAUUUACGCGCAAAUCCUCUUGUUACGUUAUAUUCAUUUACGCAAAAUCCUCUUAUUCAUUUUACGCGCAAAUUUAUUACGUUAUAUUCAUUUACGCGCAAAUCCUCUUAUUACGUUAUAUUCAUUUACGCGCAAAUCCUCUUAUUACGUUAUAUUCAUUUACGCGCAAAUCCUCUUAUUACGUUAUAUUCAUUUACGCGCAAAUCCUCUUAUUACGUUAUAUUCAUUUACGCGCAAAUCCUCUUAUUACGUUAUAUUCAUUUACGCGCAAAUCCUCUUAUUACGUUAUAUUCAUUUACGCGCAAAAUCCUUAUUACGUUAUAUUCAUUUACGCGCAAAUUAUUAUUACGUUAUAUCAUUUACGCGCAAAUCCUCUUGUUACGUUAUAUUCAUUUACGCGCAAAUCCUCUUAUUACGUUAUAUUCAUUUACGCGCAAAUCAUCUUGUUACGUUAUAUUCAUUUACGCGCAAAUCCUCUUGUUACGUUAUAUUCAUUUACAAAUCCUCUUAUUACGUUAUAUUCAUUUACGCAAAUCCUCUUAUUACGUUAUAUUCAUUUACGCGCAAAUCCUCUUGUUACGUUAUAUUCAUUUACGCAAAUCCUCUUAUUACGUUAUAUUCAUUUACGCGCAAAUCCUCUUAUUACGUUAUAUUCAUUUACGCGCAAAUCCUCUUGUUACGUUAUAUUCACUUUACGCAAAUCCUCUUAUUACGUUAUAUUCAUUUACGCGCAAAUCCUCUUAUUACGUUAUAUUCAUUUACGCGCAAAUCCUCUUAUUACGUUAUAUUCAUUUACGCGCAAAUCCUCUUAUUACUUACGCGCAAAUCCUCUUUUUACGUUAUAUUCAUUUACGCGCAAAUCCUCUUAUUACGUUAUAUUCAUUUACGCGCAAAUCCUCUUGUUACGUUAUAUUCAUUAAAUCCUCUUAUUACGUUAUAUUCAUUUACGCGCAAAUCCUCUUAUUACGUUAUAUUCAUUUACGCGCAAAAUCCUCUUAUUACGUUAUAUUCAUUUACGCGCAAAUCCUCUUAUUACGUUAUAUUCAUUUACGCGCAAAUCCUCUUACGUUAUAUUCAUUUACGCGCAACUCCUUUAUUACGUUAUAUUCAUUUACGCGCAAAUCCUCUUAUUACGUUAUAUUCAUUUACGCGCAAAAAUCCUCUUAUUACGUUAUAUUCAUUUACGCGCAAAUCCUCUUGUUACGUUAUAUUCAUUUACGCAAUCCUCUUAUUACGUUAUAUUCAUUUACGCGCAAAUCCUCUUGUUAUAUUCAUUUACGUUAUAUUACGUUAUAUUCAUUUACGCGCAAAUCCUCUUAUUACGUUAUAUUCAUUUACGCGCAAAUCCUCUUAUUACGUUAUAUUCAUUUACGCUCUUUAUUACGUUAUAUUCAUUUACGCGCAAAUCCUCUUGUUACGUUAUAUUCAUUUACGCGCAAAUCCUCUUAUUACGUUAUAUUCAUUUACGCGCAAAUCCUCUUAAAUUCCGCGCAAAUCUUAUUACGUUAUAUUCAUUUACGCGCAAAUCCUCUUAUUUCAUUUACGUUAUAUUCAUUUACGCGCAAAUCCUCUUAUUACGUUAUAUUCAUUUACGCGCAAAUCCUCUUAUUACGUUAUAUUCAUUUACGCGCAAAUCCUCUUAUUACGUUAUAUUCAUUUACGCGCAAAUCCUCUUGUUACGUUAUAUUCAUUUACGCGCAAAUCCCCUUAUUACGUUAUAUUCAUUUACGCGCAAAUCCUCUUAUUACGUUAUAUUCAUUUACGCGCAAAUCCUCUUAUUACGUUAUAUUCAUUUACGCGCAAAUCCUCUUAUUACGUUAUAUUCAUUUACGCGCCUCUUAUUACGUUAUAUUCAUUUACGCGCAAAUCCUCUUAUUACGUUAUAUUCAUUUACGCGCAAAUCCUCUUGUUACGUUAUAUUCAUUUACGCAAAUCCUCCUAUUACGUUAUAUUCAUUUACGCGCAAAUCCUUAUUACGUUAUAUUCAUUUACGCGCAAAUCCUCUUGUUACGUUAUAUUCAUUUACGCGCAAAUCCUCUUAUUACGUUAUAUUCAUUUACGCGCAAAUCCUCUUGUUACGUUAUAUUCAUUUACGCGCAAAUUUUAUUACGUUAUAUUCAUUUACGCGCAAAUCCUCUUGUUACGUUAUAUUCAUUUACGCGCAAAUCCUCUUAUUACGUUAUAUUCAUUUACGCGCAAAUCCUCUUAUUACGUUAUAUUCAUUUUACGCGCAAAUCCUCUUGUUACGUUAUAUUCAUUUACGCGCAAAUCUCUUUAUUACGUUAUAUUCAUUUACGCGCAAAUCCUCUUAUUACGUUAUAUUCAUUUACGCGCAAAUCCUCUUAUUACGUUAUAUUCAUUUACGCGCAAAUCCUCUUAUUACGUUAUAUUCAUUUACGCGCAAAUCCUCUUAUUACGUUAUAUUCAUUUACGCGCAAAUCCUUAUUACGUUAUAUUCAUUUACGCGCAAAUCCUCUUAUUACGUUAUAUUCAUUUACGCGCAAAUCCUCUUAUUACGUUAUAUUCAUUUUACGCGCAAAUCCUCUUAUUACGUUAUAUUCAUUUACGCGCAAAUCCUCUUAUUACGUUAUAUUCAUUUACGCGCAAAUCCUCUUAUUACGUUAUAUUCAUUUACGCGCAAAUCCUCUUAUUACGUUAUAUUCAUUUACGCGCAAUUCAUUUACGCGCAAAAUCCUCUUAUUACGUUAUAUUCAUUUACGCGCAAAUCCUCUUAUUACGUUAUAUUCAUUUACGCGCAACUCUCUUAUUACGUUAUAUUCAUUUACGCGCAAAUCCUCUUAUUACGUUAUAUUCAUUUACGCGCAAAUCCUCUUAUUACGUUAUAUUCAUUUACGCGCAAAUCCCCUUAUUACGUUAUAUUCAUUUACGCGCAAAUCCUCUUAUUACGUUAUAUUCAUUUACGCGCAAAUCCUCUUAUUACUUACGCGCAAAUCCUCUUAUUACGUUAUAUUCAUUUACGCGCAAAUCCUUAUUACGUUAUUAUUUACGCGUUAUAUUCAUUUACGCGCAAAUCCUCUUGUUACGUUAUAUUCAUUUACGCGCAAAUCCCCUUAUUACGUUAUAUUCAGUUACGCGCAACUUAUAUUCAUUUACGCGCAAAUCCUCUUGUUACGUUAUAUUCAUUUACGCGCAAAUCCUCUUAUUACGUUAUAUUCAUUUACGCGCAAAUCCUUAUUACGUUAUUUCAUUUACGCGCAAUAUAUUAUAUUUCAUUUACGCGCAAAAAUCCUCUUAUUACAUUAUAUUCAUUUACGCGCAAAUCGUUAUAUUCAUUUACGCGCAAAUCUUUGUUACGUUAUAUUCAUUUACGCAAAUUAUAUUCAUUUACGCGCAAAUCCUCUUAUUACGUUAUAUUCAUUUACGCGCAAAUCCUCUUAUUACGUUAUAUUCAUUUACGCGCAAACCUCUUAUUACGUUAUAUUUCAGUUACGCGCAAAUCCUCUUAUUACGUUAUAUUCAUUUACGCGCAAAUCCUCAUUCAUUUACGCGCAAAUCCUCUUAUUACGUUAUAUUCAUUUACGCGCAAAUCCUCUUAUUACGUUAUAUUCAUUUACGCGCAAAUCCUCUUAUUACGUUAUAUUCAUUUACGCGCAAACCCUUAUUACGUUAUAUUCAUUUACGCGCAAAUCCUCUUAUUACGUUAUAUUCAUUUACGCAAAUCCUCUUAUUACGUUAUAUUCAUUUACGCGCAAAUCCUCUUAUUACGUUAUAUUCAUUUACGCGCAAAUCCUCUUAUUACGUUAUAUUCAUUUACGCAAAUUCUUAUUACGUUAUUUCAGUUACGCGCAAAUCCUCUUAUUACGUUAUAUUCAUUUACGCGCAAAUCCCCUUAUUACGUUAUAUUCAUUUACGCGCAAAUUACGUUAUAUUCAUUUACGCGCAAAUCCUCUUAUUACGUUAUAUUCAUUUACGCGCAAAUCCUCUUGUUACGUUAUAUUCAUUUACGCGCAAAUCCUCUUAUUACAUUUGUUAUAUUCAUUUACGCGCAAAUCGCGUUAUAUUCAUUUACGCGCAAAUCCUCUUAUUACGUUAUAUUCAUUUACGCGCAAAUCCUCUUAUAUUCGGUUACGCGCAAAUUAUUACGUUAUAUUCAUUUACGCGCAAAUCCUCUUAUUACGUUAUAUUCAUUUACGCGCAAACUCCUCUUAUUACGUUAUAUUCAUUUACGCGCAAAUCCCCUUGUUACGUUAUAUUCAUUUAAAAUCCUCUUAUUACGUUAUAUUCAUUUACGCGCAAAUCCUCUUAUUACGUUAUAUUCAUUUACGCGCAAAUCCUCUUAUUACGUUAUAUUCAUUUACGCGUAAAUCCUUUGUUACGUUAUAUUCAUUUACGCGUAAAUUACGUUAUAUUCAUUUACGCGCAAAUCUCUUAUUACGUUAUAUUCAUUUACGCGCAAAUCCUCUUAUUACGUUAUAUUCAUUUACGCGCAAAUCCUCUUUAUUACGUUAUAUUCAUUUACGCGCAAAUCCUCUUAUUACGUUAUAUUCAUUUACGCGCAAAUCCUCUUGUUACGUUAUAUUCAUUUACGCGCAAAUCCUCUUAUUACGUUAUAUUCAUUUACGCGCAAAUCCUCUUAUUACGUUAUAUUCAUUUACGCGCAAAUCCUCUUAUUACGUUAUAUUCAUUUACGCGCAAAUCCUCUUAUUACGUUAUAUUCAUUUACGCUCCUCUUGUUACGUUAUAUUCAUUUACGCGCAAAAAUCCUCUUAUUACGUUAUAUUCAUUUACGCGCAAAUCCUCUUGUUACGUUAUAUUCAUUUACGCGCAAAUCCUCUUAUUUACAUUAUAUUCAUUUACGCGCAAAUUCUUAUUACGUUAUAUUCAUUUACGCGCAAAUCCUCUUAUUACGCGCAAAUCCUCUCGUUAUAUUCAUUUACGCACCAAAUUAUUAUAUUCAUUUACGCGCAAAUCCUCUUAUUACGUUAUAUUCAUUUACGCCAAAUCCCUUAUUACGUUAUAUUAUUUACGCGCAAAUCCUCUUAUUACGUUAUAUUCAUUUACGCGCAAAUCCUCUUAUUACGUUAUAUUCAUUUUCCCCUUACGCAAAUCCUCUUAUUACGUUAUAUUCAUUUACGCGCAAAUCCUCUUAUUACGUUAUAUUCAUUUACGCGCAAAUCCUCAUUACGUUAUAUUCAUUUACGCAAAUCCUCUUAUUACGCUAUAUUCAUUUACGCGCAAACUUCCUUAUUACUUAUAUUCAUUUACGUUAUAUUAUAUUCAUUUACGCGCAAAUCCCUCUUAUUACGUUAUAUUCAUUUACGCGCAAAUCCUCUUAUUACGUUAUAUUCAUUUACGCGCAAAUCCUCUUAUUACGUUAUAUUCAUUUACGCGCAAAUCCCUUUAUAUAUUCAUUGCGCGCAAAUCACUCUUAUUACGUUAUAUUCAUUUACGCGCAAAUCCUCUUAUUACGUUAUAUUAUAUUCAUUUACGCAAAUCCUCAAUACGCAAAUCCCCUUAUUGCUUAUUUCACGUUAUUAUAUUCAUUUACGCGCAAAUCCUCUUACGUUAUAUUCAUUUACGCAAAUCCCUCUUGUUACGUUAUAUUCAUUUACGCGCGCAAAUUACGUUAUAUUCAUUUACGCAAAUCCUCUUAUUACAUUAUAUUCAUUUACCUUUCAUCCUCUUAUUUAUAUUCAUUUACGCAAAUCCCUUAUUACGUUAUAUUCAUUAUCCUCUUAUUACGUUAUAUUCAUUUUCCUCUUACGCAUUUACGCAAAUCCUCUUGUUACGUUAUAUUCAUUUUACGCGCAAAUCCCGCUUUAUUACGUUAUUCAUUUACGCGCCGUCACUCUUGUUACGUUAUUUCCGUUACGCGCAAAAUCCUCUUAUUACAUUAUAUUCAUUUACGCGCAAAUCCCUUGUUACGUUAUUAUAUCAUUUACGCAAAAUCCUUACGUUAUAUUCAUUUACGCGCAAAUCCCUUAUUACGUUAUAUUCAUUUACGCGCAAAUCCUCUUACAUUAUAUUCAUUUACGCAAAUCCUCUUAUUACGUUAUAUUCAUUUUAAAAUCCUCUUAUUACAUUAUAUUCAUUUUACGCAAAUUCUGUACAUUAUAUUCAUUUACGCGCAAAUCCUCUUAUUUCAUUUUAUUCAUUAUAUUCAUUUACGCGCAAAUCCUCUUAUUACGUUAUAUUUCAUUUACGCGCAAAUCCUCUUAUACAUUAUAUUCAUUUACGCGCAAAUCCUCUUAUUACAUUAUAUUCAUUUACGCGCAAAUCCUCUUAUUACGUUAUUCAUUUUUUCAAAUCCUCUUGUUACGUUAUAUUCAUUUACGCGCAAAUCCUCUUGUUACAUUAUAUUCAUUUACGCAAAUCCCCUUAUAUAUUUAUUUUCUCACUUUAUUACGUUAUAUUCAUUUACGCGCAAAUCCCUCUUAUUACGUUAUAUUCAUUUUUUACGCGCAAAUCCCCUUAUUACAUUAUAUUCAUUUACAUCCUCUUGUUACGUUAUAUUCAUUUUACGCGCAAAUCCUCUUGUUACGUUAUAUUCAUUUUACGCGCAAAUCCUCUUGUUACAUUAUGUUCAUUUACGCGCAAAUCCUCUUAUUACAUUAUAUUCAUUUACGCGCAAAUCCUCUUAACCCAUUAUUCAUUUGCGCAAAUAUUACAUUUCAUUACGCGCAAAUCCUUAUUACUUAUAUUCAUUUUACGCUUAAAUCCUCUUGUUACAUUAUAUUCAUUUACGCAUAA